AUGAUGAAUGGCUCAAUGCGAUCUCUUAUACGUCUUCGGCCAAUCUCAUCCCGAUCUAACCUUUACCUUCAACGACCAAUCUUACCAUUAAUCUAUCCAAGCACUCGUUCAUCUCAUCAUCGUUUUUUCUCUUCGGCUUCCCAACACCCAACGGAUGAACCACCGGCUGGAAUAUUCGGAAAAGUAAAGCAACUCACAAAGCAAUAUGGCAGUGCAGCCUUGGUGAUUUAUGGAGUACUCAGUGCGGUGGAUUUUGGUUUUUCAUUUGUAACGAUAUAUUUGAUCGGAGCGGAACAUGUUAGGCAGGUUGAGGACUGGGUUUUGGAACAGUUACAUUGGAAAAGAGAAUCACAUUCUACUGAAUCAACUACCUCCUCAGAGGCAGAAGUUGCCCAAAAAAGUAACUCGAAUGAUGCAGAUGAUCAAACUCCCGGUUCAUCAGGUCAAGUUCAAAGUCUUCUCUGGACGACAGCUAUAGUGGCUUACACGUUUCAUAAGACGGUACUAUUGCCAGUUCGAGUUGGUCUCACCGCUUGGUUAACACCACCAAUAAUUAGGACAUUGCGUAAGCGAGGUUGGAACGUUGGUAAAAAUUUGAAAUCAUAA